GCUGCAUUAGUUUGUGCGAAAACUCGGAUUUUUUACCAUGAGGCUAAGCGUAUCCGUCCGGUGCAGCGGAGCACUUUUAUGGUGCAUGCUGCUAAACAGCGUAGUUCCGGGUUCCGGGUUCUUUGAUGUAGGAAACGUAGCGGAAAUGAUGAAAUCCAACCUCGCUGCUGCGUAUAGUUACACAAAACACAACACUUACUGCAAGGCUCUAGAAUGUUGCAGUUUGGAUUACAUCUAUUACGACUUGGAUGCGUUGGGGAAGAUGCUCGAAAAGAACCUUUUUGGGCAACACAUCGCAAGGACAGUGGUCGUGGGGGCCAUCGGUGGGCACCUGAAAAACAUAGCAACUUCUGAAAAACCUCUUGUGAUAAGUUUCCAUGGUGCUCCUGGCACAGGUAAAAACUACAUCGCGGAGCACGUGGCCAGAGCUUUGUAUAAAAAAGGCAUGGAGAGUAAGUUUGUACACAAGUACCUGGGACGGAUAGACUUUCCGCUUGAGAGUCGAUUGGAGGAGUACCGAGUGCAACUCGUCAGCGACAUUACGUCUGCGAUCGCCCAGUGCCCGCAAUCGUUGUUUAUAUUCGACGAAGUCGAAAAGAUGCCACCGGGUUUGUUCGACUCGAUCGUAUCGCUGCUGGACAAUCAUGCGUACUCGAGACACCACGAUUAUCGGCAAGCAAUCUUUAUUUUCCUUUCGAACAUCGGUGGACCUGAAAUUGCGGCAGAGUUGAAGCAAUUGAUGAAGGCCGGAAAGUGGCGCGAGGAUACGAAAAUGCACGAUUUCGAGCGCACGCUCGAAAUCUCUGCCUACAACCUUGACGGUGGUUUGCUCCGUAGUGAGCUGAUCGAGUCACAUGUAAUCGAUCAUUUUAUUCCAUUUUUGCCACUCGAACAGCGGCACGUCGAAAGCUGCAUCAAGAAGGAGUACAACAAGCUCACCGGAAGAUGGAAUAUUCAAGAAGAUUUCCUACAUGAAAUAUUCAAGGAAGCUGUCACCAUGGACAACGAGGGUCUUUUUUCCAACAACGGCUGCAAGCGUGUGAGCAAAAAGGUGGAGGCUCUCUACUACAAUCGAUUGCGCAAAAACCCCAACGAAGAGCUAUAG